AUGGGGCGACAAACUACACAUUCUUAUGUUCAUCCCUCAUCACAGACGAGAAAAUGCAGUAGAACCUGCUACAACAGACAGAGAUGUGUGUACGUAAAAUUCGAAGUUUCUAUCUAUCUAUCUAUCUAUCUAUCUAUCUAUCUAUCUAUCUAUCUAUCUAUCUAUCUAUCUAUCUAUCUCAGUCUCUUCAUGAUCUAUCUAUCUAUCUAUCUAUCUAUCUAUCUUAGCCAGUGUAUUAUCUAUCUAUCUAUCUAUCUAUCUAUCUAUCUAUCUAUCCCAUUCUGUUCAGAUCUAAGUCUAUUCACAUCUAUCUAUAUAUUCUCUGUUAUUCAACUUUUUCUUUUUUCUGUUUCUAUCUUUAUGGCGCCUUUUUUUUCAUGUGAUUUCUUUCUUUCUUUCUUUCUUUUUCUUUCUUUCUUUCUUUCUGUUGCUGUAACGACCAUGACUGCCAUUCAGUUCUUUCUUUCUUUCUUUCUUUCUUUCUUUCUUUCUGUUGCUGUAACGACCAUGACUGCCAUUCAGUUCUUUCUUUCUUUCUUUCUUUCUUUCUUUCUUUCUUUCUUUCUUUCUGUUGCUGUAACGACCAUGACUGUCAUUCAGUUCUUUCUUUCUUUUUUCUUUCUUUCUUUCUUUCUUUCUUUCUUUCUUUUUUGUUUCUGUAACUGUUACCAUGACUGUCAUUCUGUUCUUUCUUUCUUUCUUUUCUUUCUUUCUUUCUUUCUUUCUUUCUUUCUUUCUUUCUUCCUUUCUUUCUGUUGCUGUAACUACCAUGACUGUCAUUCUGUUCUUUUCUUUCUUUCUUUCUUUCUUUCUUUUCUUUCUUUCUUUUCUGUUGCUGUAAUCCACCAUGACUGCCAUUCAGUUCUUUCUUUCUUUCUUUCUUUCUUUCUUUUCUUUCUUUCUUUCUGUUGCUGUAACGACCAUGACUGUCAUUCAGUUCUUUCUUUUUUUUUUUUUCUUUCUUUCUUUCUUUCUUUCUUUCUUUCUUUCUGUUGCUGUAACUACCAUGACUGUCAUUCUGUUCUUUCUUUCUUUCUUUCUUUCUUUCUUUCUUUCUUUCUUUCUUUCUGUUGCUGUAACUACCAUGACUGUCAUUCAGUUCUUUCUUUCUUUCUUUUCUUUUUUCUUUCUUUCUUUUUUUUCUUUUUUCUUUUCUGUUGCUGUAACGACCAUGACUGUCAUUCAGUUCUUUCUUUCUUUCUUUCUUUCUUUCUUUCUUUCUUUCUUUCUUUCUUUCUUUCUUUCUGUUGCUGUAACGACCAUGACUGUCAUUCAGUUCUUUCUUUCUUUCUUUCUUUCUGUUGCUGUAACGACCAUGACUGUCAUUCAGUUCUUUCUUUCUUUCUUGCUUUCUUUCUUUCUUUCUUUCUUUCUUUCUUUCUUUCUUUCUUUCUGUUGCUUUCUUUCUGUUGCUUUAUUUCAUUUUCUUUCUUUCUUUCUUUUUUCUUUCUUUCUUUCUUUCUUUCUGUUGUAACUUUCUUUCUUAACUGUCAUUCUGUUCUGUCUUUCUUUCUUUCUUUUCUUUCUUUCUUUUUCUUUCUUUCUUUCUUUCUUUCUGUUGCUGUAACGACCAUGACUGUCAUUCAGUUCUUUCUUUCUUUCUUUCUUUCUGUUGCUGUAACGACCAUGACUGUCAUUCAGUUCUUUUCUUUCUUUUUCUUUCUUUCUUUCUUUCUUUCUUUCUUUCUUUCUUUCUUUCUUUCUUUCUUUCUGUUGCUUUCUUUCUUUCUUUCUUUUUCUUUCUUUCUUUCUUUCUUUCUUUCUUUCUUUCUUUCUUUCUUUUCUUUCUUUUCUUUCUUUCUUUCUUUCUGUUGCUGUAACGACCAUGACUGUCAUUCAGUCAUUCUUUCUUUCUUUCUUUCUUUCUUUCUUUCUUUCUUUUUUUUCUUUUCUGUUGCUGUAACGACCAUGACUGUCAUUCAGUUCUUUCUUUCUUUCUUUUUCUUCUUUCUUUCUUUCUUUCUUUCUUUCUUUAUUUCUUUCUGUUUCAUGACUGUUUUUCUUUCUUUCUUUUCUUUCUUUCUUUCUUUCUUUCUUUCUUUUCUUUCUUUCUUUCUUUCUUUCUGUUAUUGUAACGACCAUGACUGUCAUUCUGUUCUUUUCUUUCUUUCUUUCUUUCUUUCUUUUUUUUCUGUUGCUGUAACUGUCAUGACUGUCAUUCAGUUCUUUUUUUUCUUUCUUUCUUUCUUUCUGUUUUCCAUGACUGUCAUUCAGUUCUUUCUUUCUUUUAUUGCUUUCUUUCUUUCUUUCUUUCUUUCUUUCUUUUUUCUUUCUUUCUUUCUUUCUUUCUGUUGUUGUAACUACCAUGACUGUCAUUCAGUUCUUUCUUUCUUUCUUUUUUCUUUCUGUUGCUGUAACGACCAUGACUGUCAUUCAGUUCUUUCUUUUCUUUCUUUUUCUUUCUGUUGCUGUAACGACCAUGACUGUCAUUCAGUUCUUUCUUUCUUUCUUUCUUUCUGUUGCUGUAACGACCAUGACUGUCAUUCAGUUCUUUCUUUCUUUCUUGCUUGCUUUCUUUCUUUCUUUCUUUCUUCAGUUUUCUUUCUUUUUUUUUCUGUUGCUGUAACGACCAUGACUGUCAGUUCAGUUCUUUCUUUCUUUCUUUCUUUCUGUUGCUGUAACGACCAUGACUGUCAUUCAUUCUUUCUUUCUUUCUUUCUUCUUUCUUUCUUUCUUUCUUUUCUUUCUGUUGCUGUAACGACCAUGACUGUCAUUCAGUUCUUUUCUUUCUUUCUUUCUUUUUUUCUUUCUUUUUUUUCUUUUAACUUCAUUUCUUUCUUUCUUUCUUUCAUUCUUUUCUUUCUUUCUUCUUUCUUUCUUUCUUUCUGUUGCUGUAACGACCAUGACUGUCAUUCAGUUCUUUCUUUCUUUCUUUCUUUCUGUUGCUGUAACGACCAUGACUGUCAUUCAGUUCUUUUCUUUUCUUUCUUUGCUUUCUUUCUUUCUUUCUUUCUUUCUGUUUUGUUUCUUUCAUUUCUGUCAUUUGACUUCAUUCAGUUCUUUCUUUCUUUCUUUCUUUCUGUUGCUGUAACGACCAUGACUGUCAUUCAGUUCUUUCUUUCUUUCUUUCUUUCUGUUGCUGUAACGACCAUGACUGUCAUUCAGUUCUUUCUUUCUUUCUUUCUUUCUGUUGCUGUAACGACCAUGACUGUCAUUCAGUUCUUUCUUUUUCUUGCUUUCUUUUUUCUUUCUUUCUUUCUUUUCUUCUUUCUUUCUUUCUGUUGCUUUGACUUCAUUCAGUUCUUUCUUUCUUUCUUUCUUUCUGUUGCUGUAACGACCAUGACUGUCAUUCAGUUCUUUCUUUUUCUUUCUUUCUUUUUCUGUUGUUGUAACGACCAUGACUGUCAUUCAUUUCUUUCUUUUUCUUUCUGUUGCUGUAACGACCAUGACUGUCAUUCAGUUCUUUUUUCUUUCUUUUCUUUCUUUUCUUUCUUUCUUUCUUUUUCUUUCUUUCUUUCUUUCUUUCUGUUCUGUUGUAACUACUAUGACUGUCAUUCAGUUCUUUCUUUCUUUCUUUCUUUCUGUUGCUGUAACGACCAUGACUGUCAUUCAGUUCUUUCUUUCUUUCUUUCUUUCUGUUGCUUUCGACCAUUGUCUUUCAGUUCUUUCUUUCUUUCUUUCUUUCUGUUGCUUUCUUUCUUUCUUUCUUUCUUUCUUUCUUUCUUUCUUUCUUUUUUUCUUUUUCUUUCUGUUGCUGUAACGACCAUGACUGUCAUUCAGUUCUUUUCUUUCUUUUCUUUCUUUCUUUCUUUCUUUCUUUUCUUUCUUUCUUUCUUUCUUUCUGUUGAUGUUCUUUUCAUGACUGUCAUUCAGUUCUUUCUUUCUUUCUUUCUUUCUUUCUUUUUUCUUUCUUUUUUCUUCUUUUGUUUCAUUUUCUUUCUUUCUUUCUUUCUUUCUGUUGCUGUAACGACCAUGACUGUCAUUCAGUUCUUUUUUUCUUUCUUUCUUUCUGUUCUUGUCUUUUUCAUGACCGUCAUUCAUUUCUUUUCUUUCUUUUUCUUUUCUUUCUUUUCUUUCUUUCUUUUUUCUUUCUUUCUUUCUUUCUUUCUGUUGUUUUCUUUCUUUCUUUCUUUCUUUCUUUCUUUCUUUUUUCUUUCUUUCUUUCUUUCUUUUGUUGCUGUAACGACCAUGACUGUCAUUCAGUUCUUUUCUUUCUUUCUUUCUUUUUUUUCUUUCUUUCUUUCUGUUGCUGUUCAUGACUGUCAUUCUGUUCUUUUCUUUCUUUUUUCUUUCUUUCUUUCUUUCUUUCUUUCUUUUCUUUUGUUGCUUUUUCAUUUUUCUUUUCUUUCUUUCUUUCUUUCUUUUUCUUUCUUUCUUUCUGUUUCUUUACCACUCAUGACUGUCAUUCAGUUCUUUCUUUCUUUUCUUUCUUUCUGUUGCUGUAACGACCAUGACUGUUCUUUCUUUCUUUUCUUUCUUUCUUUCUUGCUUUCUUUCUUUCUUUCUUUUCUUUCUUUUUCUUUUUUUUCUUUCUUUCUUUCUUUCUUUCUUUCUGUUGCUGUAACGACCAUGACUGUCAUUCAGUUCUUUUUUUUUUCUUUCUUUCUUUCUGUUGCUGUAACGACCAUGACUGUCAUUCAGUUCUUUCUUUCUUUCUUUUUUUCUGUUGCUGUAACGACCAUGACUGUCAUUCAGUUCUUUCUUUCUUUCUUUCUUUUUUCUUUCUUUUCUUUCUUUCUUUCUUUCUUUCUUUCUUUCUUUCUUUCUUUCUUCUGUUGCUGUAUUCAGUUCUACCAUGACUGUCAUUCAGUUCUUUCUUUUUCUUUCUUUCUUUCUGUUGCUGUAACGACCAUGACUGUCAUUCAGUUCUUUCUUUCUUUCUUUUUUUUUCUGUUGCUUUCUUUCUUUCUUUCUUUCUGUUGCUGUAACGACCAUGACUGUCAUUCAGUUCUUUCUUUUUUCUUUCUUUCUUUCUGUUGCUGUAACGACCAUGACUGUCAUUCUUUCUUUCUUUCUUUCUUUUUCUUUCUUUUUUCUUUCUGUUGCUGUGACGACCAUGACUGUCAUUCAGUUCUUUCUUUCUUUCUUUCUUUCUGUUGCUGUAACGACCAUGACUGUCAUUCAGUUUUUUCUUUCUUUCUUUCUUUCUUUCUUUCUUUCUUUCUUUCUGUUUCUGUAACUACCAUGACUGUCAUUCAGUUCUUCUUUUCUUUUCUUUCUUUCUUUUCUGUUGCUGUAACGACCAUGACUGUCAUUCAGUUCUUUUUUUCUUUCUUUCUUUCUGUUGCUUUCUUUCUUUCUUUCUUGCUUUCUUUUUUCUUUCUUUCUUUUUUCUUUCUUUCUUUCUGUUGCUGUUGCUGUAACUACCAUGACUGUCAUUCAGUUCUUUCUUUCUUUCUUUCUUUCUGUUGCUGUAACGACCAUGACUGUCAUUCAGUUCUUUCUUUCUUUCUUUCUUUCUUUCUUUCUUUCUUUCUUUCUUUCUUUCUUUCUUUCUUUCUUUCUGUUGCUGUAACUACCAUGACUGUCAGUUCAGUUCUUUCUUUUUCUUUCUUUUCUUUUCUGUUGCUUUCUUUCUUUCUUUCUUGCUUUCUUUCUUUCUUUCUUUCUUUCUUUCUUUCUGUUGCUGUAACGACCAUGACUGUCAUUCAGUUCUUUCUUUCUUUCUUUCUUUCUUUCUGUUGCUGUAACGACCAUGACUGUCAUUCAGUUCUUUCUUUCUUUCUUUCUUUCUGUUGCUGUAACGACCAUGACUGUCAUUCAGUUCUUUCUUUCUUUCUUUCUUUCUGUUGCUGUAACGACCAUGACUGUCAUUCAGUUCUUUCUUUCUUUCUUUCUUUCUGUUGCUGUAACUACCAUGACUGUCAUUCAGUUCUUUCUUUCUUUCUUUCUUUCUUUCUUUCUUUCUUUCUUUCUUUCUUUCUUUCUGUUGCUGUAACUACCAUGACUGUCAUUCAGUUCUUUCUUUCUUUCUUUCUUUCUGUUGCUGUAACGACCAUGACUGUCAUUCAGUUCUUUUUCUUUCUUUCUUUCUUUCUUUCUGUUGCUGUAACGACCAUGGCUGUCAUUCAGUUCUUUCUUUCUUUCUUUCUUUCUGUUGCUGUAACUACCAUGACUGUCAUUCAGUUCUUUCUUUCUUUCUUUCUUUCUUUCUUUCUUUCUUUCUUUCUUUCUUUCUUUCUGUUGCUGUAA